CUCUGCCCGGGUGCGGGUCGUGUACCCCGGACUCUAGCUCUCCCCGCGCCGCCGGCUCCCCCCUGCGCCCCCGUUCGCCUCCCGGCCGCCAUGGAGCCGUUGGCUUUCCCCCGGCGCUCCGGCCCCGCUCCUUCGGCCGCCCCCGCCCUGACCGCCGAGCUGGCCCGGCCCCUGACCGACGGGCUCAUCAAGUCGCCCAAGCCCCAGAUGAAGAAGCAGGCGGUGAAGCGGCACCACCACAAGCACAACUUGCGCCACCGCUACGAGUUCCUCGAGACCCUGGGCAAGGGCACCUACGGGAAGGUGAAGAAGGCGCGGGAGAGCUCGGGGCGCUUGGUGGCCAUCAAGUCCAUCCGGAAAGACAAAAUCAAAGACGAGCAAGACCUCAUGCACAUUCGGCGAGAGAUUGAGAUCAUGUCGUCGCUCAACCACCCCCACAUCAUCGCCAUCCAUGAAGUGUUUGAGAACAGCAGCAAGAUUGUGAUCGUCAUGGAGUAUGCCAGCCGGGGCGACCUAUAUGACUACAUCAGCGAGAGGCCUCGGCUCAGCGAGCAGGACGCCCGCCAUUUCUUCCGACAGAUAGUCUCUGCCGUGCACUACUGCCACCUGAAUGGGGUUGUCCACCGGGAUCUCAAGCUGGAGAACAUCCUCUUAGAUGCCAAUGGAAAUAUUAAGAUUGCGGACUUUGGGCUGUCCAACCUCUACCACCACGGCAAGUUCCUGCAGACGUUCUGCGGGAGCCCCCUGUACGCCUCGCCUGAGAUCGUCAACGGCAAGCCCUACACGGGCCCCGAGGUGGACAGCUGGUCCUUGGGUGUCCUUCUGUACAUCCUGGUGCACGGCACCAUGCCCUUUGAUGGGCAGGACCAUAAGACACUGGUGAGACAGAUCAGCAAUGGGUCCUACCGGGAGCCGCCUAAACCUUCCGAUGCCUGUGGCCUGAUCCGGUGGCUAUUAAUGGUGAACCCCACCCGCCGGGCCACCCUGGAGGACGUGGCCAGUCACUGGUGGGUCAACUGGGGCUAUGCCACCCGUGUGGGGGAGCAGGAGGCUGUGCGCGAGGGAGGGCACGGCAGCAGCGACUCCGGCCGGGCCUCCAUGGCUGACUGGCUCCGGCGGUCCUCCCGCCCGCUCCUGGAGAACGGGGCCAAGGUCUGCAGCUUCUUCAAGCAGCACGCGCCUGGGAACGGGAGCAUCGCCCCCGGCCUGGAGCGCCAGCAUUCCCUGAAGAAGUCCCGCAAAGAGAACGACAUGGCCCAGUCUCUCCAGGGGGACCCGGCGGAUGACCCCGCCCUUCGCCCUGCCAGGGGCAACCUCAAGCUGCCCAAGGGCAUUCUCAAGAAGAAGCCACUGCCCUCGCUGGAAGGGGCGAGGGAAGAGCCCCAGCCCAGCCCAGGCGCUGCAGACCCCGGCCAGGCUCCCCCGCUGCUCCCCAGGAAGGGCAUCCUCAAGAAGUCUCGGCAGCGGGAAUCUGGCUACUACUCCUCCCCUGAGCCCAGUGAGUCUGGGGAGCUCCUGGAUGCGGGGGACGUGUUCGUGAGUGGGGACUCUAAGGAGCAGAAGCGCCCCCAAACCUCAGGGCUGCCCCUCCAUCGCAAAGGCAUCCUCAAACACAACGGCAAGUUCUCCUGUGCCACCCUGGAACUCCCAACCCCCAGCACCUUUGGCUCCUUGGAUGAACUGGCAUCCGCCCCUCGCCCUCUGGCCCGGGCCAGCCGUCCCUCGGGGGCUAUGAGUGAGGACAGCAUCCUGUCCUCUGAGUCAUUCGACCAGCUGGACUUGCCUGAACGGCUCCCCAAGCCCCUGCUGCGGGGCUGCGUGUCUGUGGACAACCUCUUGGGGCUUGAGGAGCCCCCCACAGAGGGCCCUGGCAGCAGGGGCCUGAGGCGCUGGUGGCAGGACCCCCUGGGGGAUAGCUGCUUUUCCCUGACCGACUGCCAGGAGGUGACAGAGGCCUACCGCCAGGCCCUGGGGGUCUGCUCAAAGCUCAGCUGAGGGGGGGUGGGGGUGGGCACUGCCCCGCCCUGGGCAGGUUCUAAAAUGCAGCCGGGUGCACCCUGAGGGGGUACUGCAGCAUCUCCAGCCUCCCAAGACUAGCCUCCUGGCCAGGAAGGCUGAGGUGGUUUGUAGUCGAGCCCUAGAGAGGGCUGGAUGGGAAGUGGGCACAUCGAGGGUCCAGGUCCUCAGUCCUGUGGAACGGAGAAGACGGUAGAGGGGAAGCUGGUAGAGAGAAAGGAGGGGAAGGCCUGAGGCCAGUCCAGGUGGCCCCCUUCCUGUCACAUGGUAGAGACACGGAUGGCAGGAAAGAGCCCUCUCAGCCCGUCUCCUUCCCCGCACUAAGUUUUGUGCACGGUGACUGCUGGCCAAGGAUGGGGAAUGGAAACUCUUCCCGUACAGGUCCCAUCCCCACCUGCCCUUGAAACUGGAAGGUGGCAGCCCUCAUGUGCCCGGGGUUUCCUGGGAAUGGUCUGCUGGGGGGUGUCCCUCCUUAUUUAUCUCUGCAGUAAGAGGCCACAACCUCCGUCUCCUCAAAGGUUCUCUCCCCUUUCCCAUCCUGCAAACCCGGCCCAAGCCUCCCGGAGUCGCUGCUAGGAAUCUGAAAGACUUGAAAAGGCUCAGGCUGCUGCUAUUGGACUUCAUCUCACGGGGCCGGACUCCCCGGGACCCUACCUUGGACCUCGAGGACUCUAACUUCUCUGGCCUCUAAGCUGCUCCUGUUACUGAGAAUGGCUCAGGGCUUUCCUGACCCUGAAAUGCCCUUAUUUAUUUUUAUGUGUUCAGCUCUCUGUCUGAAAAAACAGCAUCUGGCUGUUUUCAAUAAUGUGAAUAUUAUGUUCUGGGAAAAUCCACUGUGACGUCUACGUUUUGUGAACAGGGAGACCUUUCACGAUGAUUCCCUACUGAUCAUGGAAGGGGGUUGGGUAUCAAGCCACGGGUCCCACUGCACGGUGUGGGGCGGGGCGGGGGACGUCCCCUGCUCCCUCACUCCACGCCCUGACUCUGUCUACCUGCUGCUGCUUCUUCCUCUGUGGCCAGAAGGAACCAUUCCAUUAAAAACCAGAACGAUGAUUGGAAAA